AUGGCCGACGCCGUGUUCCCUACACAGGCUACUGCCCAAACUCGCUACAUCAGCUUGUUCGGUACCAGAACUCGAUUUGUGAUUAUGGUUCUGAUCUUGUUAUGUCUGACAAGUAUUUGGUCUAACAUUCUUGCCUUCAACUUUGCUGUAAUUUGUAUGGAUGAUGAUGAUUCAGAAGUGGAAACAUCUCUCAACGGGACAAGGAAAACUCACUUCACAAGUACGCAAAAUUCGUUGGCCAUGUCAAUUGUGGCGAUUGCCGCGUUGCUGGGCAACUUUCCGAUUGUACAACUCGUCGGAAUGGUCGGGAUUCGAACAGUGUUCGCCGGGCUUGGAAUUCUAUCGGCUGUGUCGACUCUCUUGAUUCCAUUGUCAAUUCGGAUGGGAUUCUACUACUUCUUGGCAGUCCGUUUCCUCCAAGGAAUUGCAUUUGCAGCCAACUUCCCAGUCAUCGGAUCUUUCUGUGCAAAAUGGUCAUAUUUCAAACAGAAUGGACUUUUUGUUUCCUCAUUGGUUGCCUACGUCCAACUGUCCCCAGCAAUCACAAUGCCUGCCUCCGGUGCCCUUUGCUCUGCUUUCAAAUGGCCAUCAAUCUUCUAUGCUCACGGAGCAGUAUCUCUUCUUCUCUUCGUCACAUACGCCCUCUUCUACCGUAACUCUCCACAAAAACAUCCAUUCGUCGGAAAUGUUGAAUUGAAGAAGAUAUCUAUCGGAAAGAUCGCCACUGUCGACAAGCGUGCCCUCAAAAAAGUGCCAUAUGGACCAAUUCUCCGUACUCCAGCAAUCUGGGCUGUCUGGGUUGCCGCCAUCGGAAACUUCACCUGCGUCAACAUGAUGUUCCUUUUCUCUCCUGUAUAUCUUUCAAAAGUACUCGGAUUCCCAGUUCACAGUACCGGAAUCACUGCUGCCAUCCCUCCAUUCCUCCAAUUCAUGUCCAAAUUGUUCUGUGGAGCCGUAUCUGAUCGUCUCACCUGCCUUCCAGAAAUCAUCAAAUUCCGUAUUUUCAACUCAAUCGCUUUCAUCGGAUCCGGUGCUUUCCUUACUGUUCUCGCAUUCAUGGGAGAUGAACACAAGGAUUAUAAUAUGAUUGUUUUGGGUUGUGCUGCUGCAAUGUUGGGAGCAACAACCGGUGGAUUCUUCAAAGCAGGGCCUGUUCUUUCCAAGCAAUACAGUCAUUUUGUAACCGGAAAUAUUUCACUUGGAAUCACAAUUACCAUGUUGAUUGUCCCAUUCUUCGUGAAUGCAUUGACACAUAAUAACACUCAAGAGGAAUGGAAAUGGGUCUUCUUGAUCACAGCAUCCGUUAUGUUUAUCUGCAAUAUCUUCUUCUUCAUUUUCGUGAAAGGAGAGGCAUGCGAGUGGACUUCCGACAGUUUCCAUCGUGCCAGUUCAGUCGCCGAUUUGGAAAGAAAUAGUGUCAGAAAUCCAACAAUAUCUACAGUAUCCCGCAACGUGGAAGACGUUCCAGAGAAGCUGUAA